AUGUCGCAGUCCCCUGAGCUUCCGGUUUACAACUCUUUCAAGGUCACCACGCCGUCGAUGUCGGUGACUUUAUCUGCGGAUGACACCCCUCUGCCGGCCGGUCUCGGCGCGGUUGCCGGCCCCGCUAGCUUGGUCACGGUGAACCCUGGGAGCAGCAGCGCGCCUGUGGAGACUACCACGGACGUCCCAGGCUCUGUCUGCGACUUCCACACUGAGAAGCAAGAGAAUGACUUGAAGACGGCAGCGGCUGCGCCCGCGUUCAUGCCAGCGGGGAUGUACAAGCGGUCGUACUCAAAGGCGGCUGCGGCUUUGUACGGAGACAGACCCGUGAUUCAGCCAAUGGAGGCCGAAAUCGAGGAGACCCGCGCUGUCCGCGAAGAUGGCGCCGAAGAGCAUAUGGAGCCACACGACUACACGUAUUGGGACAAACUCCGGCGCCAGCACACGAAGACCGAGAUCAGACGGUGGACUUCAUUCUUCCCCGAACAGCAGGAAGACACCGCAUUCUUCGGCAGAGAUAUUGACGUGGCUGUGCCGACGGCCGCGUACACGCAGGGCACCUACUACGAGAGAAUGGAGGAGGAAUUCCAGGCAAAGAGCUUCCGCUUGCCCACAGUGGCGUACGUCGCGCCGCCCGUCUGGAUCCGGCGGACACAGGGAGUCUGCAACGGACUCUUCCGGAGCUGCCAGUGUGCGCCAUGCGGCGACAGCUGCUCCGCAUGA